AUGCUAUUUCACAUGGGCUCAAACAAAAAAAUGGAUGCCCCGCAAGCAAGGCUCCCAGUUGAUGCAUGUCCCAAUUUAUUUAAAUCAAACGCUCUGGGGCGAGUAUUUACAGUCAAUCCAAAGCAAACUGAAUGCUUUUAUCUUCGAUUGUUGUUGGUUAAUGUUACUGGCCCAUUGUCGUUUCAAGAUAUACGGAAAGUGAAUGGGCAACAGUAUUCAACGUAUAAAGAUGCGUGCCUUGCACUCGGCUUGCUGGAAGACGACAACCAGUGGGAAUGUAUGUUUGCUGAAGCAGCAUUAAAUUGUACAGCAAUACAAAUUCGUCUACUAUUCGCUAUAGUGUUAACUACAUGUUUUCCAGCUCGAGCACAGAUAUUGUGGGAUAAUCACAAAGAUUCAAUGACUGAUGAUAUAUUGCAUCAACAUCGUACACGAUGCAACGAUGUAACGAUAACGUUCAGCGACGCUAUGUACAAUGAAGCAUUGAUUGCUAUUGAAGAUCUCUGCAUUAUAAUUGCUAAUUUAUCACUCAGUCAUUUCGGUAUGAAUUCGCCAGAUCGAGCUGUAUCUGAUUUCAUGAACACGGAAAUGAAUCGUGAAAUGCAGUACAACACUGUAGAAAUGGCGGCGAUUGUUACUCGCAAUGUCCCAUUAAUGAAUGAGGAACAAAAAAUCAUUUACGACCGCAUUAUGCUCGCAGUUUCAGCAGGACAAGGUGGAUUCUUCUUUUGGAUGCACCAGGUGGAACUGGAAAAACAUUCCUUAUUUCGCUAA